CGUGUGAGGCCUAUGGUGCCGGUGUUCUUGCUGGCCCUCUCCAACUUCCUGAAUCCGACCUUUUUCUGUGUGCCGCCGCCGAGUGUCCCGGAUCUUCACUGCCUCUGCCAUCGCCCCCGCCUCCUCUGCAAUGCCGCGCCCUUCCCGUCCACCUUCGCUCCUCCCCACAAACUCUCUCUACGUCCCCGUUGUUGUGCCGGCUGUUGAGCCCCGUCUCUGUUGAGUUGUUGCACCAUCACUAGAUCUGGAUUUAGCGAGAGACACGACCAUGUGGGAUGCGUGUCGCGUUCGUGGAGGAGGCCGGGUGCGUUGACUCUCCACUCCUCCUUUGUAAUCGCCAGGGCUGAUCGGGUCAACGGCCAAGUACUUAGUUGAAACUGCAGAACUAUUAUGGAAGGAAAGGGAGAGUAUGACCAGACUCAGCGAAAUACAUCCAGAUGGUGUAAGUGUCUCGGAAAUGGCCUUUUAUUAAUUGCAUUUGUUGCUUGUGCUGCAGCUAUCACCUAAAUAUUGUGGAUAAUUUUUUUCAUUAAAUUUCCAUUAUUCACUAGGUAUGUAGUUCUAUUGCACAUAUUAUUUUAGUUCAUUUCUAACAGUUUCAUGUUAGGUAUGAAGUUCUUUUCACAAAACGGUUUGCUUGUUUGGUAAACUUCUUUCUAAUUUUUCUUAUGCUUGCAAGAUGUGUUCCCUCUUGAGUAAUUUUCUACUAUGAAGCAUGGGAUCAGCUAAAGUCAAGCUACACUGCAUUCUCAUGUUCUUGCAAUAAUCGAUGCAUACAUACUAUACAAGAAUUGCGAACAAAAAUAUUGCUGGGUUGUUGCUCCCGUCCCUACUAUUGUGUGCUACACGUUUCUUGGUGAUGGUGUGAUGUACGAAUUUUUCGUCAUAUGAACCUUGAGCAAUCGAUGGUUGGAAUCUGCGAACCGUCGCAUCGCCACUUCCCAAACCCAGCCCUGUUGUGUCGCACUCACCUCCUGGACUCUUCUUCAACCAGUACGAAGCCUUGGGGUCAGAACUUCUCGCUAAUCUACCUGAAAAAUUGAAGGCUCCACCUACUAUAUUCCACAACAUUCUAAUGCUUCUCACAAUUUUUAUUUGGUUGGGACAGAUUCUUUUUUGAGAAAACAUCAGCUAACACUCUCAUUUGGAAUUUCUGCGUGUAUAAGUGAUGAACUCGAGAUGCAUGAAGGAAUUUCUGAUGCAAUGCUUCGAAUUGUUGUUCCCGUCUCCUGUCCUCUUAUUAUGCUCACUAUCAAAUUAGUAUUUUUACCACAGGGCUAUAUGAAUUUACCUGCAUGUUCAAGAAAGGAUUUCAAGAUCUAUUUAUGGAUGUAGCGAAUCAGAAGGUAACAUAUUGUCGCAAGUAGUAUAUUUGUGUUGUAUUAUAUAACUGAAGAUUCUGGAGAUUAAACUAAUGCUGGGGUCAACAUUUACUACAUUUGAUAUCUUAUUAGAUGUGAUGCAUAAUGAUUAUUUAACAUGCAAAUGCUUUUCAUUAUAGAAUUGUAGUACCUACAUGGCCUGAUUCUACCCAUCUUAGUCCUCUAGAUCUACCGACUGGCGAUAAAGUUCAUGCUUGAAAGUUCUUAAAUUUGUAUAUGUACUUGCUCUUUCAUGCUUGAACAAGUUUUUUGCAGUUUUCUUUAAAGAGGAUUGGCGUCUAUCUACUGUAGUUAAAACUACUUUGAUUUUGUCAAAUCGAUGCAUAGUAGAAGGUAUGUGUGGCGUGUGUAUUAAUCAGUGUAUAGUUUUACCUCUCAAUCUUCAUGGUUUUACGAUUAAUUUUUAUUUUGCAAGGUUUGUGCUUUGAUCCAGAGGGAAAUGCAUGUGUGCGUAUUUGUAAUUUUGAGAUGGUGAUGCCAAUAUUUGUUUCAUAGUGGACUGACCUGACUAGCAUUUUUAGGCCUCAUUUUUCACUGGAUGCAUUUUUAGGCCUCCUUGAGGGAACAACUGGAAAGAAAGAAAUUUUCAGGCUAGGCAGUAUGUACCCAGAGCACAUUUCAAGUGAAGUCGGUUGGUAGUCAAGCUACCAGUUAAUCCCGGGUGUUGUGAGCUUGGAUCUUUUCAUUUUUCAGUUAUAUUUGGCAUUGCCUUAUUGUCCCCGAGGGUCUGUCUUCUGUUAUUUGAUUGAGCUUACAACCUCCCACCUUGAUCUCAUUCUUAGGCAGGAGCUACUGCAUUUGUUAGAGCCAAUUGUUCUCAGAUUGGAGCUAAAAGAACCACAUAUAAUUGAUCAUGCAGAAUUUUGUGGCCGCAGGUGAUUUAGUUGUCUGUUGGUGUGUUUCUGUUAUCAAUUUUCGUGUAUCAUUGCCAGAUGAUCAAUCAUGUCUGUUCACAUCGGAUAUCAUUCUCUGAUAUUUGUUACUACAAUUGCAUGAGGUUGUCACACACCACAAAUGAGAAGUUAACGAUGCUGCCAUAGUCUCGCUAAAUCACGUGUCGCGUCGGCUCCUUGCGCACCGCCUCCCAGCCCUCUGACACGCGUGCCCGACACGCCCAAAAAGACGAUACAUGUGGCACCCGCUCCCCCGCUUCGCUUCCACUGCCCCCACAUAACCGCUGACAAGGGCGACCGCUUCAAACUUGAAAUAUCCCGUACAUCGCCGCCGUUGCAUUCGCAGGCUGCUGCUGCUGCUGCUGAUCGACACGAUGGACGGCGAGCCCCGGUGGCACAACAGCUUCCCCGGCAACGUCAGGAAAGAGCUCAUUCACAGUCUCGGCAGCUCCACCAAGGAAGCCUCGCCGCAGUCCGACCUGUGGACCGGAGGCCUCGUCUGCGCCUUCGAGUUCGUCCGCGGCCACGGCUUCGCUAGCCCGCCCAAUCUCUCACGGAACAACUCCUCGCAGUACUCCAAAGACCAUUCAGCAGCCAUGGAUCCCACGAAGCUACCCAUCACAAAGUUGGGAGACGUUUCAUCUCAAGGUUCGGAGGACGGCGAGGAGCCGAGGCCGGCGUGCAAGCACGGGAAGGCGUCGCCGGAGAGCUACUGGGUGCCCAUCGGGUGGAGGAGGAUAGCGGAGCUGGUGGAGAUGGUGGAGGGGGACGCGGCGUGGGACGGGCAGGGGAUGGGCGGCCUCAUGGACGACGGCGACCAGUGCUGCGAUAUCACCGUGGCCGAUGUCGCCGCGCCGUACUGGCAGAGGCCGGCGGGGCCGACCUGGUGGUGCCACGUGACAGCGGGACACCCGGCGGUGGACGCCUGGCUUGCCGGCGCGCGAUGGCUGCACCCGGCCAUCCGCGUGGCGCUCAGGGACGAGAGCAUGCUCAUCAGUGAGAAGAUGAAGCAUCUACUGUAUGAGGUCCCGGUUAGAGUUGCAGGUGGUUUGCUGUUCGAGCUAUUGGGCCAGUCCGUGGGCGAUCCGGCCGGGGACGAAGAUGACAUUCCUAUUGUGCUCCGUGCAUGGCAAGCUCAAAAUUUUCUUAUAACAGCGCUUCAUGUGAAAGGUUCUGCGACCAACAUUAACGUCAUAGGGGUUACAGAGGUUCAGGAGCUUCUUUCUGCAUGUGGAAGUACAGCUCCUAAAAGUAUCCAUGAAGUUGUAGCGCAUUUGGCUUCCCGCCUUGCUCGAUGGGAUGACAGAUUGUGGCGCAAAUACGUGUUUGGUGCAGCCGAUGAAAUUGAAGUUAAAUUUGUAAACAGGAGGAAUCAAGAAGACCUAAACCUGCUGUGCAUAAUAUUUAACCAAGACAUUAGAAGGUUAGCCACUCAGGUUAUCAGGGUGAAAUGGUCACUGCAUGCUAGAGAGGAGAUAAUAUUUGAGCUGCUCCAGUAUCUGAGGGGAACCGCCACCAGGUUCUUGCUUGAAGGUAUCAGGAAAGACACAAGGCAAAUGAUAGAAGAGCAAGAGGCUGUCCGUGGCCGGUUGUUCACCAUCCAGGAUGUGAUGCAGAGCACUGUGCGUGCCUGGUUGCAGGAUAAGAGCCUUCGCAUCACGCAUAAUUUGACCAUUUUUGGUGGGUGUGGCCUCAUUCUGUCAAUCAUCACCGGAUUGUUUGGGAUCAACGUGGACGGCAUCCCAGGAGCUAAAAACACUCCAUAUGCUUUUGCAUUGUUCUCCGGGCUUCUGUUCCUGCUUGGGUUCAUGCUGAUCAUCGUCGGAAUCAUCUAUUUCGGCCUGCAGAAACCGGUCAGUGAUGAGCAGGUCCAAGUGAGGAAGUUGGAGCUCCAGCAGCUAGUCUCCAUGUUCCAGCACGAGGCCGAGACACACGCUAAAGUGAGAGAAGGAGUCCUGAGGAGCGACUUGCCUCCUAGAGCAGCUGAUCUCAUCUAUGAUAAAGCGCGUAAACUUGGAAGGUAUUUUUCGUUUGAAGCAAAGUGUGAGCCAGCGCUUCAGGGUUACCACUUGGUUUCGCUUUGCACCCUGUAGUGGCGAGAUGUGAGGUGAAGAGAGCAGCUGCAAAUGCGGUUGGUUCGUUGCAGCGUGUAGACAAGUUCUGAAGAAACUCCCAAGCGUGUUGCAGAUCAGUUUUCCUUUUCAAAGGGACGGCACACGGCAGCCUUUAAGACGAAGAUCUACCAUCGUCGCAUCUCUGUAAAGUCUACGUGUGUGUGGUACCACUAGCUACGGAUGUAGUGUUUCCUCGAGCAAUCACUCUCAUGAUCAGGUGAUAUUCACGUGGCCAGAGCCCUCGAUGUGAUUCUUAGCUUUACUUUGACAUGGACAGCAAAACAGGGAGGCCAAUGUUUUUUUUUUUUGACAAGGGGGGUAUUCCCUCGGCCUCGCGGCCAUCUUCUUAAAAGUGCCAAUCAAAACAAAGUCUGACAUCCAGUACGGU